AUGAACAAUCAGCAAUCGGGUCAUCACGGUGGGCUUUGUCAACAUGAGGACUGGCUUGAUGGCGACUUCACCCUGAUCUCGAGCGACGGAUGGAUCUUCAGCGUUUCAUCGCAACUGCUGUUCAAGGCCAGCCGACUAACACACAGUGAGGUUCUCGCGGACGCACCGGUGACUGGGUCGAUGGAAUUCCAGUUCCCGGACGCCGACAUUGAGCGAAAGGCCGUCUUGGAGCAGUUUCUCAGCCUUGCUUCAUGCUGUACAUUGGACACCGGCAAGCUUCACCUGAUCGAUGGCAAGUGCGGCCCAUGGGCUAUGGAUGUGUUCGACCACCUGCACACGUUUCUGCACAAGUACGACUGCAGUGCGGUGUCCGACGACUUCACAGCAUCUGUCUUCAACCUUUUCCCCGAUAUCUUUUGGGGUUGGCAAGGAUAUGUCCUCGGAGCUUUCUGGGGUAUCGACAAGCUCUGCGCCGCCAGUCUGAACGUGCAUGCUACAGCCGAUCGCUGCGGACGCAAGACUCGGUACUUGAGGAUGGAGCACGUCGAACAUUGCGACAUGUGGCAACAGGUGCACCCGCGCUACGAGUUUGCUCUCCGCCGGGUUGAGUAUGAGGUCGAACGCUGGUUCGAGAUUUCGCUGCCCCCUCUCGAGGAAACAUUCAGGCGCGCUUUAAGGGCACAUGAUGCAUCGCCGAUUCCGCAUCACGGCCAUGAACAUGGCGACGUAACCCUCAUUUCCAGUGAUAGGUGGAAGUUCAAGGUGUACUCGCACGUGCUUCUCGCUGCAGGGUUCGUUAUGGGUUAUCCUGAUUAUACCUUCGAGGACGAAGAGAUGGUGCUGAAGCCAACGCGCGACUGGCAAGACGAGAUCCAUUUCUCAGACUUAAGGACGGAAAGCAAAGCUGUCAUUGAGCAGUUCCUGAGUUUGGCUAUCAACUCCAAGCUCCUCACGCCGAAUGGCCUUGGAGAAUGGCAUGAACACGAACCACUUCAGACUGAAGACCUCGAUCUCUAUUUUAACACGAUUUCUUUCAUGUGUAAACACAACUGUUCGACAACACUUGCGACAUUCGGAGCGCAACUCAUACCACUCAUGUCUUAUGGUGUUCUCUCGCCUCAAAUCGGUUUCGGACUCGGGGUCGUCAUCAAUGACAGAAACCUAUGCGCCACAAGCUUGACCUACUACAAUCCUUCAGAGGGUCGUUUCCGCGGUCGUGAAGCCCUGCCUCAUUUCCCUAUCCAACGUGGUGGAUCCAUAUUCCUAAAAGCUUUGGAUCAUGUCACAGCGUAUGCCAAUGGCCAAGGGUCAUUUGACAGUAUCCACGUGUUCAACAAAAAGUUGGACUGUUGCGAAGCCCUUGGCUAUUGGACAUCGGAUAGUGACUGCGAAGACGAUACCGAGGAAAGCGAAAAAGAGUACUACACGCCAGCCCCGCCGAAGCCCAAGAGGAAGAACCUGGCCAAAUGCUUCCUGGCAUUUGUCUAUGAGGAGGAAAUGUACGAAGAACGGCGUAGAAGGGCACAGUAUGAAGAGGAUAUGAGAAUCAAAUGGCACCUGCUCUCGCUAGUAAUGUUCUGGACCGCUGUAACGUCUUUGGGAGCUGAUCUGCCCCCUUCACUCAUGCGCCCUAGUGCCUUCACGCACAAAUCUACUCGGGAUCAAAGAAAGCGGAGCGACCGUCUGACUCUCAUUUUGCUCACCGACUCAUCGUCACCAGUCAUCUCCCAAUCCUCACCCAUCUGUGCUCUCAAGAUGUCCGACAUAGAUACGCCGGUGACAGCACAAUCGGACAUCAUUCAAGAUCAUCCCGACUGGCAAGACGGCGACUUCACUCUAAUCUCGAGCGACGGGUGGCGAUUCCGCGUCCCUUCCGAAGUCUUGUUCUCCGCUAUUCCUGCCACGGGUGUGAAGGAAUUUCAGUUCCCCGAUGCCGAAAUCGAGUCCAUGGCCGUCAUCGAACAGUUCCUCUUCCUCACCACCCAUGGUGCCAUAGAUCGCAGCAUGGUGACACGGGGGUGCUGCUGGGACGAAACGACGGUGCAGACCGUUUUCACCAACCUGUUGCAUUUCUUGCACAAGUACGACUGCGAGUCAACUCUCAAAGCGUUCCGCAGGGCAAUAGGCAGAGGUCAACUUCGGGGUUGGGAGGCGUUCAGCAUUGGCGUUCUGGCGCACGACGACGAUGUCAUACGCCGCUCGGCCGGGCCGAGAUACCGCUACGCCCUUGAGCGGUCCCGUGUCCCUGUCGCCCAGCGGUUUGAGGUCAUGCCGAUGACGCCAAUCGCAGCCAAGUUUAUCGCCGCGCUCGCCGAAUUCGACAAUCUCAAGGAGCACCCCCUUUUCUGUUAUGGCGAUGCCAUCCUGAUCUCUAGCGACAAGUGGCUGUUCAGAGCUCCCUCCUACCUGCUACAAAACGCCGGAUUGCAGGCCAUCUUCAAAGUGGGCUCUGGCGCACGUGGGGCGAAUGCACCGCAAGCUCCCGAAUUCCUCAUCUUCGAUGACGGCAAGACGGGGACAGCCAACAUGCUCGAACACCUUCUCAACCUAGUCAUGCAUGGCAAACUGUUCCCGCCUCAGGGCAGGGAAUGGCAGGACUGCGGUGUUCUUGGUGACGGAACAGUGAAUACGUUCCGGUAUAUCCUCGCUCUGCUGAAGGAGCAUCGCUGCCUCGGAGUCAUUGAGCGUUUUGGUGAAGAGGUAAUCAAGCUGAUGGAGUGCGGGGUCCUAGAACCGCGCUUCGGCUUCGGACUCGGCCUGCUCACGGGGGACAAGCGUGUGUGCGCUGCCAGCGUGACCUUUUACGACCCGCAGUGCGGUCGUUUCCAAAUUCACGAGGCCAUUGCGGUUAUCAUGCGCUGGAACCCUCCUACAAGGAACGACCCAUUAGUCCUAGCAUUGUAUCAUGUCCAGGCAUUCGUCAAUGGGCCGGGACAGUCGUUUGAACGCUACAUGUCCUGGCGAGUGGAACUAGUUCAUAACCCUACGGCUGCGGUGGCGUGGUACGGGUUCGAGGCGGAACUGGAACUGGGGCGCUUCUGGGAUCGCGCAGAAAGCGAGCGCGGCAUUGUUGAUUUGAAGCAGCUUCGGGAACAGAAAAGAUCGCCGUUCAAGAGGCAUCUUGCACAGUGUGCUCUAUACGAGCCUUUCCCACCGAAGCAUUCAUGGGCUGCGAAUUGCGGUCGCUCCAUCCCUACAUUCUUGACCACCUUGGCCCUUCACCUCUCACCUCCCACCUCUGGCGUCCUUCCAUGCUCGAUCACCUUGCCCGCUGCUCUUCUUACUAAUGACCACCCCUCUGCUCUAGCCCGGGCCGCCCAAGAGAAGUAUUGGCAGGACGGGGUUUUGCUCCGAACGCUGGAAGCAUACGAUGACCUGGAAGCGAAGGGGGGAGCGCUUGCCGUGGCAGAGUAUCUGCUGAAACUGGAGUCCGACCUUGAGUGA